AUGCCAGAUGCCUCACAGAGACAGCUCAACCCCUCAAGCCCGAUUAAAACGCGACUGCACUCAGGGAAGCGCGUGGGCCGACCCCGCAUCGAGGCCGGUGGCCCGGCAAUCCUUUCGGAAGACCGGCGCACGCAGAUUCGGCGCGCCCAGAAGACAUACCGCCUUAAAAAAGAGGCGGUCUUCCGCCAAACCCUCGAUCGCGUCACGGACUUGGAAGCGAAGCUUCAUAGGCUGUCAGACCAGGUCUCCAGCACUUGCGAGGCUGCUACUGAGGCGCGGCUGCAGCUGUCUCAUCCGGAUAUCUAUGCCCGCCUGACGCAAAUGCGCGGGGUGUUGAUCGAGCAGGGUGCUUCUCACGGUUCAGCCUUUCAAACUGAUUCCUCUCGCAUGCAAGUUCAGCAGGAGCCACUAAAUCCGCCGCGGAGACGGCAGCAUUCAUUACCCCGGCCCAUCUCGACCAGGGGUCACACCUACUCGUUCCAGGAAGGGCGCUUCGCCCGUGGACUGCAACGAUACUGCCUCGAGCACGCAUUCAACUUGUUUAUCGAUCCCCAGUCAAAUCCCCAACAAGUGUACCGCGUAUUCCGUCUCGUGCCCUGCAUACAGGACAAAGCCAAGAUGCAACCGCGAUUUGAGCAAUUGCUACGAGGUGGAUCCGAGUCCCCACUUGAGGUUCCCGGCCUUCCAUUUUAUGGUGUAGGUGGAGCAGGUACGCAUUAUCCCGACAAAGAUGAAUUCGGCAUUCCAAUGCAUCCGAAGAAUAUGAGGCUGCCACGUCGAGUGCUUGGAAUCCUUCCAAGUAGCGGACGUGGGGAUGAGUUGACAUCAGUGGAUGAUCGCGCUCGAUUGCUUGAGAUCUGCGGGCUUGGGGGGCAGUGGUUCGAUAGUCGGGACGUGGAAGGGUAUCUUGAGCAGCAUGGGGUGGAUCUGCAGGGGUCGAGCUUCUUUCCCACGGUACGCAUAGUAGAUGAACCAUCAGGGCGGAUGCGCUCUGAGCAUAGAUCCUAUGUGUUGGAUUUGGAGAACUUUCUCUGGAGGCUUCUUCAUGGAUUUGUCAUUCUCGGGCGCGCUCCCGGGUUCAGAAUGAUCGAUAGCAUCACAUGUCACUACGAUGCCCUCAACAGUCAUUUAAGAACCAUUCUCCUAUCUCUGCCACCAAAUCCAAGACCUUCACCAAACACAAGCACCAUGGUAACCCUCCAAGAACAACUCGCCGUCGAAGCGCGCGGCCUCGACCGAUUCAUCUCGUGCCUCCCACCAACGCGCAUGGGCGACCUCGCCGACUGGGCCUACGGCGGCAACAUCCUCGCCAUCGCCAUCAGCGCAGCCUACGCCACCACUAAACCCGGCCACCAUCUCUACUCACUCACCGGACACUUCGUCCGGCCCGCAAGCCCCUCCCUCAAGCUUAUCUGCCAAGUCGAACGCAUCCGGAACACGCGGAUCUUCCAAACCCGACAUCUCCGCGUGUACCAGGAAAGCCCCACCGGCGAGCAGCUAUGUCUCGUCGCAAGCGCCGACUUCCACAUCGAGGAGACGCUCGAGAUGGUGAAUUACUCCACUCGUCCACAUUCCACACACGCCGAUGCUGUUACAGCUGCAAUCGCCAGAGCACCAGAAUCAGGCCUGUACAAAUACAUUAACCGGUUUAUGGAAGUACAGCCCCUUCCGGCCACAAACCGGAAGACUGAAGGGGAUAUCACUGGCAUUAUUUCGGCGGAAUGCUUCCGCCUGCAGACGCCCCUUGGGAGUGAGUCCGCUCAGCUCGCCGCGCUGGCGUUCUACAUGGACCGCGGCCUCGCGUACAUACCCGCCAACCACGCGGGCCGGAGUCUGCUGGAUGCGAGUGCCUGCGCGACGUUGGACUUUGCGCUGCGGAUGAUGACGCAUCGAGUUGAUGUGGGGGAGUGGAUGGUCAGUGAGCAACAGACUUGUGCGGCAGGGGGUGCGCGUGCAUUGAUGACGGAGGCAGGUUGGAUGUGGGAUCGGGGCGGGCGGUUGGUGGCGAAUAUGACACAGCAGUGUAUCUUGAGGCCGAAGAGGGAGCUUAAGGCGGUACUUUGAGGGGUGAGUGCAUUUUUGCUGCCGGGUUCAUGGGACGAUAGGAUGUAGGGGAAAGGCGGACAGUUGGAUGGACAUAGAAGAUAGAGGUGUUGGAUCUCCUAUCCAAGAGCUGCAGAUACAGAGAUUGGACAUAAACCACAGACAUGAAUCAUUAUGUUUAUACCUUCUGCUGACGUGAUGGAUAUCUGUAGAUAGUCAGGCUGUUCUUUAGGCCAUGUCAAUUGACAUCGUGG